AUGACUACUACAAACGAUACUCCAUCUAACCUUUGGCAACGAGUAAUCGGUCACAUUGGUAAGCUCAAUUUCUACAAAGAUAAUACAUCAUUCUCUCUUGUCGAACAAAUCUUGGCUACACGAAUCUAUAUCGUUCUCUUUGCUCUUUCCGUGCUCAUUCUUCUCAUUUUUACUGGAACCAGUGCGCAGACUCGCGUUGUAACAGUUUCGUCACCAUCUUUAACAACUUUCGAGCAACUUUCCACCGAUUAUCCAUCAACACUCUCAUGUCCCUGUUCACAAAUCUCAAUUCCAUAUGAUCGAUUCCUUGCAUUUAGUCCUGAAUAUCAUCAAGUGUGCUCGAGUAAAUUUGUCAGCGAUGAAUGGAUUUUAUCUCUGUUCAGUGUGACAAUAAGUGAUAAUUAUCCACUUGAUUUUCGUCUUAUCUCUUCAUCCCAAUUCCAAGUGCUUGCAUUAUUUUGCCGUACUGCUAAUACAACUGUUCUCGAUGCUAUUGAACAAUUUCUUUCAUCAGAAAUGAUCUCAAGCAACACAUUAUUUCGUGCUACCUUUGACAUUCAAAUAGCAACACAGGUUGAACAGCUAAAAUCGACAACAAGUAUCGGUUUUAGUCGUACUAAUCGAUUGUUGUUGUUGAGUAUGGCUCAAAAUCUUAUAUUUUCGUCACUUCGAACUAACUUCUAUGUGAAAAACAUACCAGGAGCCAAUGGUUUUUCCACUUACUUGGCAACCUAUGCGAACUAUGUGAAUGAAUACAAUAUUUCAUCACCACCAAUCAACUCAAAUGAUACUUGCACUUGUUUGGAUACGUUCGAUUGUAAAUUUCCGUCUGGCUUUUUCAACUGGUCAAGAGCAGGAUCAAUGGUACCCGGUGAGAUCUUGUGGCCAUAUCCGCCUCCUUUAUUUUUUGUUAGUGGCAUGCAAGCUGGCUGUAUUCCACAAGCUUCGUUGCUAUCAUCAACACUAGAAUGUUUCUUCAAUCAGACGUGUCUCACUCUUGUAUUAUCUUCGAUGGGUGAUCUUAUUAGUGUUACUCCACUCAAUGCUACAGCCGGUUUUUCCGAUUACAAUCCAAAUACUUUGAUUAGUGAUAUAUUUGAUAAGUUAAUGAUCGAAUCUUUUCACAAUAAGACUGAUUUUCAAGGUUAUUUUGAAGCUUGUGCACCAAAAGUAUGCAGUUCACCAUUAUCUACUAAAGGUGUUCAACUACGUCAAUGGUUUCAAAAUGAAUUGAACGUAUCACUCGAUUUACCUGAUCUGAAUAUACCUUGUUUUCGUGAGCAAUGUCUUAGUAAAAUGGUUGAUCAUGUCGAAAAGAAGAUUAUUGAAUCAAAUUCUACUUGGUUUCUUAUUGGUAGUUCAUUUGGUGGUCUUGUCUCCACACUUGUAACUCAACGACAACCUCAAUUAGUUCAUUCAUUACUUCUUCUUGCACCUGCAUUUAAUCCUAUCCAACGAUGGAUAUCGAAACUUAAUAUAGAACAGUGGAGAAAUAAUGGAUUUAUGAAUUAUUUUAAUCCAAUGACACAAUGUGAUGAACCAAUUAAUUAUGAAUUUUUUCGUGAUCUUCAAACAUAUCCACCCUAUCCUAUUGUAAUAACGUGUCCUGUAACAAUUAUUCAUGGUCUACAUGAUGACGUUGUACCGAUUGAAACAAGUCGUGAAUAUAUGCAAAAACUUCGUUUAUCAAAUAAACAUCCAACAUUAAUGAUUGAAGUAGAUGAUGAUCAUCAUUUAAGAAAGAAAAAAACGUUAAAUACUAUUAAAACAAUUAUUCUUGAUUAUCAUAAAUAG